GGUUAUCCGAUUCCGAAGUCGAUGUAUCGAUAUUUUUAAAGCCCUAUUCAUUCAUAAUUACUAUGUUUAUGUUUGCGCUUAGGACACUUUGUGAAAUAUACACAAUGUUGGGGGCUCUUUGCGUUUUCUCCUUCUCCGGAAAAUGAGUCCUGUGAACACAGACUAUUCAACUAUGGUGAGAAGAUGUCUUCUGACGUUCAAACCAUUCAGGAUCUUUGUGGCGGGGAUCGGCUUCUUCAGCCUGUGCUUCCUAAUGACCUCCCUGGGGGGGCAGUUCUCGGCCAAGCGACCCGGAGACACUCCCUUCACCAUGCGGGCCGAAGCAGACCAGAGGAGGCUGGUGGGAGGAGCUAUAGGAGGACAGGCUCAUUGUAAAGACUAGGAUGGAAUUAUUGGAAUAAUAUCAAACACAUAAAACAUAUGGAAACCACAUGUUGGACUCUGUUCCCAGCAGACAUAUAAUGGCCAUUAUGUUUGGAACAUCAAAUCGCAAUAAAAUCGCAAGUAUCAG